CCUUGACAAGUAAGUGAACCGCACAUAUGCCUAACUGAGUCAUCAUAUGAAAUCAAAAAUAUGGUAAAAGAAGCUCUGCUGCCCCCAAAGAUUGACCUUAAGUGCUCUUUUGCCUCUUUUCCCCCUUCUCCCACUCUGGUCCCACCACCUGGAGAUGCCUGGAGGCAUCCCAACUGGGUCAGUGGGAUGGCAGGGGAGAGCAAAAGCCUGCAAAUCUGCUGCAAUGAACCGAUCUCUGUCUCCACCUCCAGCACAGAUGACGCUGGACCCAGAAACAGCCAACGCCAGGCUUUAUCUCUCAGAAGAUCGCAAGCUCGUGCGGUGGGAAAUCCAUGAGCAGGACCUGCCCUCCAACCCGAGGAGGUUCACAGCAUACCCCUGUGUGCUGGGUUUGAGGGGCUUCACGUCAGGGUGCCACCACUGGGACGUGGAGGUCCACAGAGAUGAUGUGUGGGCCAUUGGGGUGGCCAAGGAGUCAGUUCCAAGGGACCGUUGGUUGCACAUGAAGCCUGAAGAGGGGGUAUGGGCUCUGGGUCAUAACCAUGAUGGGUACAUGGCUCUGACCUCUCCAAAUGUAACGCCCUUGACUCUACGCAGUGUCCCCAAGCGGAUACGAAUCUGCUUGGUCUAUGAGAACGGGAGGGUGGUGUUUUUUGAUGCUGAGAGCAAAGAACGGAUCUUUGCUUUUCCACCAGCAUUUUUCCAAGGGGAGAGAGUCUUCCCGUGGUUCAUGGUGAUGUGGGGUGGUGAACUCAAACUUCUUCCCUAAGGCACAGGAAAAAAAACAAACCCAAAGUCAUCAACUUACCCUUGGGAAGGAAAGCAGGAACUGGGUUUUGUCCCAGUCCCACCAAAGGGACAGGAGAUGGUAGCAGUGUUUAGGUUCCUUUCGUGCAAUAUGGUAGCAUUUCUGGUCCUUAAACUGUAUUUUGAUCUUCCAAUCACUAAAUUGAUGUUCAUGGGUGCCUGC